UCAGCUGGUCACAGUUUUAAGAGCGUGCGUUGGUUUAUUCUUUGGUUUUAUAUUUUUUAUUUCGAUACAAUUCACACCAUUACGUUAUUAUUUUCAUUUUUAAAAUAAUUAUUCCAGCUUACGAAACUGCACUUAUCUUUAUCAUAGCUUGCGCCUACUUACGCUACUCAUAUUCAUUACCAGGUUACGCGUGUAACCAUCAUCAGUUACCAACGACUACAGCAGCAGCUACAACACCACUUUGCACACACAAACAAAUCAAUAAACAAUGACAUACAUCAAUCCGGCGUUUGAACAGGUUCGCAUUGACAUUGCUAGUGCGUUAGAAAUGAAGCUCGACCCGCGCACUAGGGGGGAUGUCGCGACGGUGGGAAUUAUAACAGCGGUUUACGGAAUCAAUCUUUUGGGCGUGGUUCUGAUGCUGUGGAAUCGCAAGUAUCCGCCGAUAAAGUCUAAAAGCCCUAUAUUGAUGACUCUGGUAUUCAUAACUUCGGCACUUUGGUUUGUUGGCGAUGUGCAGAUAAACGGACACGUGCCUCUUGCUGGGACCGCUUUUAUCCAUUGCCGCUCAUUCGUGCAAACGCUGCGCUCGUACAGACUGUACUGUGUGUUUAGGCUGAACAUGCCCUACAUAAUCCCAUUUCUCGACGUGUGUACUGUGGCAACUCCGUUUAAAAUUGCCGUCUACGUGUUUGUUUGGCUCACCUGGGUAUGUCUUGCAGUCAUUAAUUGGUGCAUUCGGGAUAUAAAGGGCUCCUUCAACGAGAGCCGCGAAAUGACAGUUGCCUGCUUUAUUUUGUUUGCCAUGGUCCUUUUUCUGACAUUGUACUCUCUCCUCCAAAACUAUCGCAUUGCCUCGACAGUGCUUGCACACGCGUCUACAAGCUCCAUUUGGUGGGGUGUCAUGGGCGUUCCACUUUACAACUGCUUGUUCCAUCGCUUGGAGUAUCUUGAUAAAUGGACCAUAAAGCUGCGCGAGGACGGUCUGCAGCGCGAGUACCAUGUCGAUUACAAUUUUCCGGCUUUAAAUAGCAACGCGGCGGCUGCUGCAUCUGAUGAUCAGGGAUUAUUUUACGGAGAUGACACCAGUAAGGCAGCUGGCACUAAGGAUGCCAGUCACUGAGUUAGCUGAAGUGAGUUCAAAACCAUGGUCCCAAAGCAGACACAUUGGCCGGAUGUCUCUUCAGACAGCACUAACAAUAUAGCUUAAACAACGGUCAUUACUUGAUAUAAAUUUAUGGAUUUUCGAUAGUCCAUAUUUUUUAGCUCAGCCUGCAAAUGCAUAAAAUCCAAACUUUUGAAUAUUUGAUUUGAUUAAAAGCAGUUGCAUAUUUUUAAAUGGAAAACAGCAUUAAUAAAUUGCUUUGUAGGCAACUACGCUGUUAUAUUUUAUGUUGCUGUUUAAAAACAAUGCUUUUUUCGCAAAAUAUUCUGGAGAGAAAAUAGAUACAUUCUAC